CUAGGCUAGGGUUUCUUCUUGUCAAUGCUCUUGGCGCGGCGCGCGAGGCAAUCCUCGAUCGAUACGCGCUUCCUCGCUCGAAAUAUCCAGGCUGCUGCCGCUCCACAGCCGGAUCGUCCAUCCGAUCGCCUCGCCGGCCUCGCAGAAUGCAUCGCCCGGCUCGACGAUCGCUCGCCGGAUGUCAACCACAUCAUGCUCCCGGGCCUCCUCCAGAGCUGCGGCAAGAUGCGCGCUCUCGACCAGGGCCGCAAGCUCCACGCCUACCUCGCCAAGCACGGCCUCGAUCGCGAGCUCGUCCUGGGGAACUUCCUCCUCGACAUGUAUGGCAAAUGCGGCUGCGCGGCCGACGUCGUGGAUCUCUUCCACCGCAUGCGCGACCGCAAUCUCUUCUCCUGGACGGCGCUCAUCGCCGCGCACGCGCACAGCAACGCCAAGAAGGCCGGCGCCGCGGCAGUGCUCGCGAACAGCCGCGAGGCGCUCAAGCUCUUCUCGCGGCUCCAGAUGGAGGGGCUCAAGCCGGAUCGCGUCGUCUUCGUGCACGUCCUCUCGGCGUGCUCGGAUCCCUCGCUGGCGGCGCAGGGGCGGGCGAUCCACCGGAUGAUCGUGGAGGAGACCGAUCUAGCGAAGAACACGCUCGUCAACAACUCGGUGCUCAACAUGUACGCGCGAUGUGGGCGAAUGGAUGCCGCCUGGCGGCAUUUUGAGAGCCUGGAGGAGAAGAGAGACGCGGUGUCCUACACGACGAUGAUCAAUGCCUGCGCUGGAAGUGGGCGAUUCCGCGAGGUGCUCGAGGUCUUCUCGCGGAUGGAGGCCGCCGGGAUGGAGCCCAACAACAUGUCGCUCGUCACGGUGCUCAGCGCCUUCGCGAAAGUUGGCAACCUCCACCUCGCCGCCAGGAUCUUCGCGCGGACGGACAGGAGCUACAUCUUCCCCUGGAACGCGAUGAUCGCGGCCUACGUCCAGCACGGGGACAGCCGCCAGGCGAUCCGGCUCUUCGACGAGCUCCUGGCGCGGAGGAUCGAGCCCAACAGCGUGACGCUCAUGGAAGUCCUGGACGCCUGCGCGAGCCUGGCGGCGCUCAGGGACGGCAAGCGCGUCCACGCCAUCGCCAGGGAUCACGGAGUGGAUUCGGAGGUGGCGGUGGCCACCGCGAUCGUGGACAUGUACUCCAAGUGUGGCUGCUUGGACGAGGCGGUGGAGGCGUUCGCUCGGAUCGAGCGACACGACACCGUCUCCUGGACUGCGAUGCUCGCGGCAUUUGCCCAGCACGGGCAUAUCGAUCGAGCGCUGGCAACGUUCCAGAGAAUGCAAGAGCAAGGCCACAAGCCCAACUACGUCACCUUCGUCCAUCUCCUCAGCGCUUGCAGCCACAAGGGGCUCGUCGAGGAGGGCCGCAAGUACUUCGAUCUCAUGACCGCGCGCUAUGGCAUCGCUCCAGACGCCCAGCACUACGCGUGCAUGGUGGAUCUCCUGGGACGCGCCGGCUACCUCGACGAGGCGGAGGACUUUCUCAACAGGAUGCCGGGAGCUCCACACGCCGCGGUGCUCAAAUCGCUACUCUCGGCGUGCCGGAGCUACAAGGACGUGGACCGCGGCGAGAGGAUCGCCAAGAGGAUGCUCGAGAGUUUCUGGGACGAGUCCAUGCCUUACGUGGUGCUGGCGAGCAUCUACCGCGCGGCCGGGAAGUGGGAGGAGGCGGCCAGGAUCCGGAGCCUCAUGGUGGAGCGCGGCGUGAGGAAGGAUCCGGGGCGCAGCGCGAUCGAGGUGGAGGGGAGGGUCUUCGAGUUCGUGGCCGGGGACAUGAGCCACGUCCAGAUGAAUCCCAUCCGGGCCAAGCUCCAGGAGCUGAGCAGCGCGAUGAAGGAGGCCGGUUAUGUUCCAGACACCUCGCUCGUUCUCCACGACGUUGCCGAGGAGGAGAAGGAGCAAGUUCUUCUCUGGCAUAGCGAGAAGCUGGCGGUGGCGUUUGGGCUGCUCAACACCCCGGCCGGGAGCCCGAUCAGAGUGAUCAAGAACCUCCGGGUUUGCAAGGACUGCCACGACGCCGCCAAGCUCAUCUCGGCGAUCGAGCAGCGGCGGAUCGUGUUCCGGGACUUGAGCCGGUUCCACCACUUUGAGAACGGGGUGUGUUCCUGCGGGGAUUACUGGUAGAACACAGUGAGAGCCUGGUCGAGAAGA